CCGCCGCACCUUCCCCUUUAAGCCCCAGCCGGUCGCGUCGCCGCUUCAUGAAUGGAGCCCACGUGACCAAACAUCAUGUGACGUCUGUGGAGCGGCGGCGGCGGUGGCUGUGGCGGCUGUGGCGGCGGCGAAUCCCGAGCCCCGAGCCUGGUCCAGCCCGGCCUUCCCAACGCGCUCGGCGCGGCCCGCGCAGGCGGCGAGCCCCCACUCUGGUCCCGGAGUACUCGCUCGGCCAGCCCAGCGCGGCCUCGGAGUGCCCACCCCGCCCCGCCCCGGCCUCGGCCCGCCGGGCCCGCAGUGUGGUGGAGUGCCUGCUUGCUGUGCCCUCCGGGUUAUGACGACCCCCAAUAAAGGAAACAAGGCCUUGAAGGUGAAGCGGGAGCCGGGAGAGAAUGGCACCAGCCUGACGGACGAGGAGCUGGUGACCAUGUCGGUGCGGGAGCUGAACCAGCACCUGCGGGGCCUGUCGAAGGAGGAGAUCAUCCAGCUGAAGCAGCGCCGGCGCACGCUCAAGAACCGCGGCUAUGCCGCCAGCUGCCGUGUGAAGCGGGUGACCCAGAAGGAGGAGCUGGAAAAGCAGAAGGCGGAGCUGCAGCAGGAGGUGGAGAAGCUGGCCUCUGAGAACGCCAGCAUGAAGCUGGAGCUUGAUGCCCUGCGCUCCAAGUACGAGGCCCUGCAGAACUUCGCCAGGACCGUGGCCCGAAGCCCUGUGGCGCCAGCUCGGGGUCCCCUUGCUGCUGGCUUGGGGCCCCUCGUCCCUGGCAAGGUGGCUGCCACCAGCGUCAUCACAAUAGUAAAGUCCAAGACGGACGCCCGGUCGUAGGGACACACUUGGCCAGGCGGGUCUGCAAGGGGCCAGUAGGCGCAUGGCAAAUUCGGCAGCCCUGUCCCCUUCUUCCUCCCUCGUCUUCCUCUUCUCUCCUUUUCCUCCUCUCCUACCUCCUCCCUUCCCUGCAAAGCACAACCUGCACCCCAGGGGCGCUGGGCUGAGCCCCUUCGAUCUCGUCUUUGUCAUCGUGUGUUUUGUACGUUGGGAUUGGUCAGUUUGGCGGUGACGUGGGGUCGCCCCCACCCCCUGUGUACCAUGGGCAGAUGGGCUUGGAGUCCAGUCAGCCUGUGGGAGUGGACAGAGGAAGAUCAAGCGGGUUCUCUGGGGCAUGGGUGUCCCCGAGCACGGAGGGCUGCAGGGCAAGAGAGGCUGUUCUCACUAUGGAGUGGCCCACAGGCUCUGACGGCCACCAGGUUAGCAGGAGGCCAGGAGGUUCAUUCUCAGCCCAGCCCACAGGCCUAGACGGAAUUGGCUGUUCCCGAGAGCCCUGGAUGGGCGGGCCACCAGUCUGGCGCUAGGGGGAUGGGGCGUCGUGUGGCUGUGGGCCAGGGGCCUUGGCACUCACGCCUGACGUGUUGCACUGAACAAGACCAAAUCACUGGUUGUGAGCGUGAAGGGUGUGUCCAGUGUCCUUCGAUGGGUCCCGUGUCACUGUUUACAUGACCUGUUUGUGUGGUUACAUAGCCCUUUAUUUAAAAGAGAGAAGUUCCUUUUACGAAGUUAUUAAAUUAUAUGUUUAAAAGCUAGAGAAAAAAAAAAGCUGCAGAGUAUUUAUAAAACUGUCUUUUUAAAAAAAAAAAAAAGCAAGAACAUUUGACCAUAUACAUGGAAAAGGGAAGAAAGUAUAAUAGAAACUUUGCUAGUUUAAAAAAAAGAAAAAAACAAAAAAAUCAUUUCUUGUAAACUUACAGACAAGUCUUUGUGGCUGUUGGAGUUUAGUUUUUAUAUACACAGAGUUAUCAGACGUUAUUUAUAAAACUUAGUUUAAAAAAAAAAGACAAAAAAAAAAGCCAAGCCGCGAGCGACCGGAAGGCGCGUCCUGACGUCCUCCCUGCUAUCUCUUUUGCAAUUGUACCGAAAGUGACUUACUCCCUUGCCCCUUCCUGCUUCCGUCUCUUGCCGGUGCCGUGGUGUCGUCCGUGCCUGGUGAGGUCUUGUGCAGCGUCACGUGCUGGUGCUUCUGGUGACCUUUGACCUGUGGGUGUCACUUCUUGUGUCUGUUCUCCCGUGUUUGUUUUUUUGGAUUUGGUUGUGGUUUUGCUUCUGCUGACUUGUCAGGCCCAGGCUUUUGUGCCGGGCUGCGCCUGCUCCAGUGGAGCUUGGGGGUCUGCGCCGCCAGCCCUGCCUCUUCUGCUUUGGCACUCACCUUGAGCCCCAGGGCCGGGGUGGGGGGGUCAGUUGCAGGGUUCUGCCAUACCCCUGUCUGACCCUUGGCUUCGCAUGUGUGUCUCAGGCUUGGGCUGAUCCAGCGGCAGUGUAGGUGAAACUGGGGGCCAUCCUGGGCGCCCCCCCUUGGCCCCCCGCACUACUUCCUUAUCCUCGGCCUCUGGCCCUGGGUGGGGGCUCGCAGGGAUCAAGGAGUCACUGUGGGUGCCCACCAGGCCAGGGCCAAGCUGCCCCUGGCUGUCUUCCUUCUGGCCUCCAGUCACCGUGUUUGGGCUCCAGCCACCAAUCUGAGAUUUGUUUUUGUGGGUUUCAGGUGGGCCUCAGCAGGAGAAGCCCAGGGACCCACUGCCCACUCAUCCCAGAGCUGUUUCCAUGCUGCGGGACGGUGCUUCCCAGGCAGAGCCAGGUGGUUUCGGGGCCCACCUGGAGCAGCCCCUUCUCCUUGCCUGAAGGCCUGGGGGUCCCCACCAGUGCCAGACAAGGGCUACGGUCUCCGGGGCUAGGUCCUGUCCCUCCUCUCCCCCCGAACAUGCUGGCAGCUCUUGGCUUUGGGCCUUCUUUCACCACCCUUUGGGGUCUGUGUCUUCCAGGGAUCCGCUGCUCGGCUUGUGGAGGUGCUUCCCCAGGGCUGAGCCCACCUUCCCAUCAUGGCCACUCAGUGAGGCAGCCAGUCUCAGACUUGGCUUGGGCAGCUGCUUGUAGGCAUGUGAUGGGGGCUGCCUGUGGUGCCUGCCCCUCCCACCCCCCAAGAGGCUACUCCCCUGGCUCUGGCCAUGUGGGGCUUGGCUACUACUUGGGGUCGCUGGUUGGCUUCUCUGGGGGCCUGAACCCCUCGAAAAAGCACAGAAGUGGGCUAGUGAAAAGAAAAACAGUGUGGCCUGGCAGGGUUAACCUUGUGGACAGUAGGAUCUUCAUCCCCGAGUUUGACGCAGCAUGCCCAAACUCUGGGGAAUUUGGGCUGUCAACUGUUGUCUUGAUGGGCUUGAUCUUGACCCUAGACACUCAGAGACAUUCCUGGCUAUACCCAGGUUGGCCUGCAAUGGAGAUUUUGACCAUUGACUCUGAAUCACUUAGUGGCUUCCUUUGGCUCCCUGCAGUCUGGCUUUGUCUACCUAAGGUCCAGAAGAGAGUGGUUGAUGUUGCUUGUUGCAGCAAGUUGUAAUCACAUCAUAAGAAUCCCUAAAGAGAGAUCAUGCCCUGUCCUGGACAAGGGGAGGGACAGGCUCUCCAUGUCCAAGUACAGUCCCCACUUUUGUUCAGAGGUGGGGCCUCCAUCUCUGUGCACUCCUGUCAUGCUGUAGACCUGGAGAGAGGAGGUUUGAGGGUGGGCAUGUGUUGAACAGAAUUACAGGUCCUUGGUUUGGUUUAUAGAUGCGUCUGGAGUUAGUGAGGCUAUGCUUCCUUUUGAGGUUUUUGGAUUUGGAGCGACUCUUCCUUGGAUCUGGGGAGCAUCCUGCUCCCCUUAAGCCAGCCUCUUGGGGCUGCUCUGCCCCUCCCCCACUUCACUUUGGUUCUUGACAGUAGAUUGUCCACAUGUGGCUGUUUGGUGUCUUUUUGAUUCUUGUUAAUUCAUUUUUCCUACUGUGAGUGUGUCAUGUUCUCUUUCUCCUCAACUUUUUGACACAGCGAAUUGAGGACUUUGGCCCAGGCCAGGUCUCCCAAACUUGUCCGCUAAGUAAACCAUAAUGUGCACCUUCCUUUACACUUUGCCCUCACCCAGUCUUCCCUUAUCCCAACAUGGACACUCAGAUUUCAGAGGCGAACCCUUUGGGAACAGGUCAGCUCCUGCCCAAAGUUAUGGCUCCAGGGAGCCCUCCCUGUGGCUCUUGGCCACUGCUCCAGGUAGCACUCACUGCAUUGGAGAAGCUGUGGCUGCUGGGUGGUGUGCUGGUUUCUGCCAGGUGCCAGGUCUCCCUGGAGGCUUUUCUACUCUUGGUCCAGGCCUCCAGGUCUGGGCACAACCCUGACCAUCAGCAGCAGCCUCAGUGGUCGGUGCCUGGGCCUGCAGCUCUGAUCUGCUGCAGCCUGCUUUGGGACAGAUGGUCAAGCCCCAUCGUGUCACUGCUGCUUCCUUCUCUGGAGUGGCUGGUUGGCUGAAGCUUCCGUCCACAGCUGGGAAGCCACAGCCUGCAGCACUGUUUCCGCUCUAGGAUCUUGUAAGUUACUUUUUUAGGCUGUGGUUUGGUGAAAGGAACCAACACAUUAACGAUUUUUCUCCCCCAGAAGCCACCGAAUAAUUCUUUCUGGCAGGUUUUUGCCUUCCAGUUAGCUGUCUGGUUUUGAAGCGGAUGGGAAGAGGCAAGGGUGUGCCCUGGAGACUGGUAACUUGUCUUGCUCUGGUCUGUGUCCUGAGCAUGUGGUAUACUUGUUGGACCAGUCGCACACAUUUCCACCCCACCCUGGAGCAGCAGUCUUGGUACGUGGGUGUCCCUCCAGUUUGAGCUGGAGUGUUAGGAGAGCCGUCCCUAGUGACCUGUGAAGGGGGACCCCUCUAACGACCUUGUGUCCCAGCCCCACCCUCUCCACAUCCCCUCAAACUGCUAGUCCCUGAAGCCUUUAACCAAACGGGAGUGGGUACAGAAAACCUUCUCCUGGCAUCUUACGGCAGCAGGAUAAGGGCUGUCCAGUGUGUCCAGCUCUGCUGCUCUCCUGGCGCUGAGAAGGUGGGCCGAGCAGAGUUGAUCAGAUCCUACCUGCCCCGCCUAAGGCUAAAGACAGGAAGUGGGGGGCGGGGGUACGCUGGGAUCUGCCGGGGCGGGCGGGGGUUGUUGAAGAUCCAGGUGGGGAAGGGCCUCACUGGGGCACCCUGGCUGACCUGGGCGGCCGCGGCCUCGUGCCCUCCCUGCCCUGUGCAGUAUUUAUUGCUAAAUUAUUGUCCAGGAGGGGCGGCACUGGGCCAGGCCCCGGGUAUUUAUUGCUGUACAUAGUGUAUGUUUGUGAUAUAUAAGGUUUUCUUUAUUUUGUAUAUGAUCAAUAAACACCUUUUAAAGAGA